UAUUUUUGUAUUUAUAUGAAUCACUUUUAAUCUUAUUUUUGAAAAUACGUGUGGCCUGAUAAUUCCUUAUCAAUGCAGUUUUAUGAUUAUUCCAUUAUAAAAUCAUAAUUUUCACUAAUUACGGCCAUUUAAUUAUCUCCAUCAGAGUAGGCUGUGACGAGUAGAAUAUUUUUACAAUAGAAAAUGCCGCCGAAUUUCGCUGACGUGUCGCCAUGUACAAACGUUAAUGUGGUCGAAGGGCAGCCGGAACCUCCAGAAUCUAUUACUCCUGAAGUAAACCCAUCGCAUGCGGCCUUAAAAGUGGUCAGGUCCUUGGCAACAAUAGUAACACACAUGCUGAUUGGAAUUGUUGUGGGCUCGAUCCUUUAGGCAACGGUCAGAUUUAUUCCUGCUGGUGCAACUGCUACUCAUAUUAUUUUAUGCGUUAUUGGGUUUCAAAUGCUGCUGGCGGAAGGUAUCCUCUGCCUAGCGCCGGACAGUUGGUGCUCUACCCUGAGCCUGAAGCACCAGCGCUGUGGGUACACACGGGUCUACAGAUCAUGGGCUCCGUGCUAGCGCUGGUUGGCUGCUUCAUCAAGAUUCUCGAUGUGGGCGUCAACUUCACCACGUAUCAUGCACAGUUUGCUCUGGCGUCCAUGAUCUUCACAACAGUAUCUCUGGUCAACGGAGUAGCAUCUUCGUACGCGUACGAACUCCGCAAAUGUAUCCCCGGCAUUCUCUCCAAGCUGACCCACAUCUGCUUCGGCCUUCAUCACUGCUUCCAUCUCCUUAGCCUUCGCAGUCAACUACGUCUGAUUCGUUGCUUUCCUCACCAGAGAAUAUGCUGACGCUGUUUUAGUCAUGAUUGGCGCAUUAACUGCGAUCGUCAUCAUCAAUUCUUUCCUUACUAUGUACGCCAAAUUUAAUGGUACUAUCAGUAGCUAGCAUAUCAAUUACAGUUUUUGCAAUUCAUGGACUUGGAUUGAUUUGUAAAAGAAGAACUUAAUUGAUUCUUUUUAUAUCGUCAUCAUGCGGAUAUUUUCAAUGAUUGGCGAAUAUAGUUUUGUCUGUCUGUUGAUAAACAAUAAAAUAAAAGACUUAAUUUUAUCAGGCUAAGGUUAAGGCUUUAAUCUUCUUGGCAUUUUUCUGGUAUUGUGAAAAUAAAUUGUAUAUGUAGUCGUUUUACACAUGAUCUGAAUUAAAUUGUUUAGGACUGUAAUUCAUUUAAUUUAAUCUUUUUAGGUAUUACAAACAAUUACUAGCGUUUUAAGACUAAUAAAUAAGUAUAUGUCUCGUCGUUUUAUUGGGAUUACAAUCAGAAACAAUAAUAAGGAAAAUAAUUCCUACAAGACGACCAUCACUUGGUUAACAACCCGUGAGGUUCUCUUUCAAUACCGGAACAACCAGUUCCGAGAAUCUUUAAAAAGGAAAAUAAUAAGAUUUCAAACACGGUAUUUACCCUCAACGAAUGAAUACCUAUUUCUCUCUAAUCAGCAUCUUUAGGUCAACUUGCACUCUCAUUCAGAUAACCUAGAUACAAUAAAUUCUGUUGUCAUGUCGGUAUGUUGUGAUAACAACGUCUUUAUACAGUGUGAGUCACGUUAAAGUGUACAUAUGAAUUAAGGUAAAACUAGACCUAUUUUUAUCGACAAAAAAGAGGUCAAAAAAUUUUUGAGAUUUUUUUAUAAUUUUUUAAAGAUUUUUUUUUCUUUCAAUUACUUAUUGUAAAGAAAACGUAAUAACUUUUAAACUAAGAGGUAUAUCCUGAUAAAAUAAAAACAGUAAUAAUGCUAAAUAACAGGAAAUACUAAAAAAAUACAUGAAAUACACAGAAAAUGCCAACAAAUAAUAAAAAAUGAUACGUUUUGAAAAAAUCUGCUUUAAAAUUCGUAUUUUUUUGGUUAUUUGAUAAAUUUCUUUAAAAAAUGCCCCUAUAACAGGUGGUUUUUAUUAUUUUUUAUUAUUUUCUAUCGUAUCACUUUUGUAAAACCAAAAAUCGCAGGUCUCUAUCCCUAUCACAACGUUUGCAAUGAUCGUUUGAACUAAGCCUCUCCGGGCGCGCAAUUCAACGCUUCGUUAACAACGAAACUGAAAGUGUCUCUAGAUUUGUAAUUUUGAUAAAGACUGGUUAGAUUUCAAAUACAAACAAAAAAUUUCGAAGUAAAAUAAGCAUUUUAGUUAAAACUAAAAUUGUCUCUACCUGUAGCGGAGAAAAAUGUGGUGGCAGGCCUUUGUUCAAACGAUCAUAGCAAAUGUUGUGAUAGGGAUAGAGACAUGCGAUUUUUCGUUUUACAAAAGUAAUACGAUAAAGAAUAAUAAAAAGUAAUAAAAACCACCUGUUAUAGGGGCAUUUUUUGGAGAAAUUUAUCAAAUAACCAAAAAAAUACGAAUUUUUAAGCAUAUUUUUUUCAAAAAAUAUCAUUUUUUAUUAUUUGUUGGCAUUUUCUGGGUAUUUCAUGUAUUUUUUUCAGUAUUGCCUGUUAUUUAGCAUUAUUAUUGUUUUUAUUUUAUCAGGAUAUACCUCUUAGUUUAAAAGUUAUUACGUUUUCUUUACAAUAAGUAAUUGAAAGAAAAAAAAAUCUAUAAAAAAUCUAAAAAAAAUCUCAAAAAAAAUUUGACCUCUUUUUUGUCGAUAAAAAUAGGUCUAGUUUUACCUUAAUUCAUAUGUAUACUUUAACGUGACUCACACUGUAUUUAUCAUUGAAGACGAUUUCGAGAUGUCACUAUCAAAUGCGAUAGGUAUUUUAACAAACUUCGAAGGGCUUAUUAAAAAAGUUAAACGGGCGUUUAACGCUUGUUUAAAAAUGUAAAAAUUAAUGUCAUUUUAACGUCUGUUUAAGUUUUUUGUAAUAACUCGACCAAUCUUUAGAAAGUAAACGCUAAGAGCACCAUGUAUCUUAUUUUUUCCGGCGGAUUAUUUUUUUAUUUUAUAAGAAUAAUAUUGUUAUCAUUGUAUUAAUGAUUAGAUGUUUUUUACGUUAAAUUAUCUGAAAUUCCUUAGAAUAAUUACCUACGAUGAUUGAUGUAAUUACGCAUUAAAUUUUUUAUCUGGAAAUUUAUCAUUAUGAUUGUGAUAUUCUAAGCAUUUUAAUUAUCAUCCGGCUAACAGUUAGUUUCUUUUUGGGCUCAAUAUAAAAUCAUGGCUUUUAAUGAACUCCACACGUGCCACUGACUGAUAUAAGUCUUAUCGUAUUGACAUAAGUAGUUUAUCAUAAGCAUCCCGAUAAAGCUAUACAGGGUGGAAACGAUAAGUGAUCUCACUCGAUUAUUUCUAAACUAUACAAGAUAUCAAUAAACUAGUUACUGAUCCUGAAAGUGCUUCAUGAGCUCUAUCAAACGGUAUUAAUAAUAGGUUACAGAGUAAACUGGAUCUAUCCGAAAAUUCAAUGUUUCCAGCUUCCAUACAUUUGGUAAAGUCACAUUAUUUAAAAAACUACACAUGAUAUCGUAAAACUGAUUACUGAUUCUAAAAGUGCUUCACAAGCUCUAUCUAAUGGUAUCAAUAAUAGGUUACAGAAUAAACUGGAUCUACCCAAAAAUUCAAUGUUUACUUCUUCCAUACAUUUAGUACUACCACAGUGAUGACACUCAUCUCUUGACAAUAUUAUAUCAAUUA